AUAAGAAAUUCGAAUUAAGUAAUCAUACGCAGUCAAACUUUGAUACAAUAAUAUCAUUGUGCUCUGAUUCUCAAUUGCUCCCAUAAUGCAAACUUUUCAACAUGCCAGCUUUCCCAAAAAUCUUUGACUAGUUGAUAUACCAAUACAGUCCUUAAAUCCUAUAUACCAAUUCCAAAUUAGAACCAUUUCAUCCCUAUUCCGUAAAUGAAAUGUUGAGGACAAUGAGCUCAACUUAGAUACUUUCAUUAUUCUCCUUUCUUUGCAAUGGCAAUCCAUUCUCGUUUGGGUUUCAUAUUUUUAGUAUGGGUUUUACACAUAAGUCUUCUACACUGCUAUUACAGGGGACAUCCAGGAGAAGCUGCUGCAGCAACAGUAACAGACCCACAAGAAGUAAAAGCGCUGAAAACUAUACGAGAUAAAAUGAGAAAUAGGAAGUGGGAUUUCAGUGAGGAUCCUUGCAGUGGAAAGGGAAGCUGGAAUGUCAGCCAGGAGUAUGAGACCCAAAAUAAUUUAUUCUGUGAGAUGCAUACGACAGAGGGGAGAACAUUUUUCCACGUUACCCGCAUAUAUCUGAAAAGCCAGAACCUGACUGGAGUGGUCCCAGCGGAGCUGGCCAAUCUCACAUACCUUGAAGAAAUCGAUUUUAGUUGCAACCAUCUCAAUGGACCAAUACCACCAGAAUUGGGAUCUUUAGCUAACUUAAGAAAUUUGUCAUUUGGUAUGAAUAAUUUAUUUGGCUCUAUUCCAAAAGAACUGGGGAAUCUCACAAAUUUACUAAAAAUGGAUUUAUAUUCAAAUGAGCUAUCUGGACUACUACCACAAUCAUUUGUAAAAUUAGACAAUCUCGAAAUGUUGUAUAUUCAAAGUAAUCAAUUGCAUGGGAAGAUACCUAAAAUAUAUGGCUACUUCCAUCGACUAAAAAAUUUUGUAGCAAGUAGCAACAACUUUAGGGGUAAAAUACCGGAUUUCAUUGGAAAUUGGAAAAGCCUUACAAUUUUGAGACUUGAAGCUACUUCUUUAGAAGGUCCAAUUCCUUCAACCUUUUCAAAUUUGAUUCAAUUAGAAGACUUGAGGAUAUCUUAUCUAACUGGAGAUGGCUCAAAUUUGUCAUUCAUACAAAAUUUAACAAAAUUAAGAACAAUAGUGCUCAGAAAUGCAAUGCUUUAUGGAGAAAUUCCAAAAUAUAUUGGAGAUUCCAUCAAACCAAAGAUAUUGGAUUUGAGCUUCAAUAAUUUGACGGGAUCUAUUCCAAAGGCAUUAGAAAAUACAGCAAAUAAGCAUCAAAAGAUUGAAUAUUUGUAUCUUGGAAACAACAACUUAAUGGGGAAAUUACAAGAAUGGCUGAGCACAAUUAAUAAUGUAGAUCUAUCGUACAAUUAUUUUUCAGGAGAGUUGAUAACAAAUACAAGACAAGUGAAUUUGAUACAGAACUCAUUUGACAGCAAUGUCUCUAAUGGAAGAGAUCAAGCUUAUUUUCAAAGAGGAUUCACUUGCAGAGAUCCACAAUACACUUCUUUGGACAUUAAUUGUGGGGGUAUUCCAUGGACUACUUACGAGGGAGAUGUCAAUCCAUUAGGCCCUUCCUCGUACUUUUCAAGCUCUAAUGGGAACUGGGCAGUCAGUAAUACAGGACUUUUUAUGGAUGCUGAACAUCAUAAAUGGAUAGUGGCAGGUAACAACUCUCAAUUCGCCAAAGGAAUAAACACAGAAGUGUAUGGAACAGCACGUUGUUCAUCUAGCUCCUUGAGAUACUAUGCAUUAUGCCUUCAAAAUGGAGAAUAUAAUGUACAACUCCACUUCGCUGAGAUAGUAAUAUCCAACGGAAUGAUCUUUCCAAGUCUAGGAAGACGCAUCUUCGAUGUUUAUAUUCAGGGAAGUAGAAGAUUGAAAGAUUUUAACAUCAAAGAUGCUGCUGGAGGCUCAUCGUAUAAGAAAGUAAUCAGAAAUUUCAGUGUAACUGUGACUGAGAACUUUCUGGAGAUUCACUUUUUUUGGGCAGGAAAGGGAACAUAUGACAUACCAGUGAGGGGGACAUAUGGACCAUUGGUAUCAGCUAUCAAAAUCAGUCCAAACUUCAAAAUCAACAACACAACCAUUAGCAAUGGGAGAAAUAAAAGCAACACAAGUAUGAUUGUCGGCAUAGUAUCUGGGGCAGUAAUAGCUUUAGGCUUCACAGUGUGCUUAUCGUUCAUCUUUAUUAGAAGAAGAAAUAGAAUGAAGAGCAGAUCUUCGGAAGGCAAUGAUGAUACAGAAUUCCUAAAUAUGGACACAAUUUCAAACACAUUCAGUCUAGAGAUGAUUAAGAAUGCCACAAGUGACUUCAACCCUGAGAAUAAGAUAGGAGAAGGCGGGUUUGGUACAGUUUUUAAGGGAAUACUGCCAGAUGGAAAAAUGAUUGCAGUCAAACAGAUGUUUCACAACUCAAGGCAAGGCGUUCGAGAGUUUCUUAAUGAACUGGGUACAAUAUCUGCAAUGCACCACCCCAAUCUUGUGGAAUUGUAUGGUUGUUGCAUAGAAGGGAAAGAACUGUUCUUGGUCUAUGAGUACAUGGAGAACAACAGUUUAGCUCGUGUUUUGUUUGGUCCUCAAGGAUUCAGGCUCAACCUUAAGUGGCCUCAAAGGUACAAUAUUUGCCUCGGAGUUGCACGUGGCCUAGCAUAUUUGCAUGAAGGAUCCAGACUGAAAAUUAUACAUCGAGAUAUCAAGACAACAAAUAUCCUUCUAGAUCAAGAUUUGAAUCCAAAAAUUUCAGACUUUGGAUUGGCCAAGUUAUUUGACCAAGGCAAAACUCAUGUCAACACCAGAGUGGCAGGAACAAUAGGAUACAUGGCUCCAGAAUAUGCUUUGAAAGGUCAUCUCACAGAGAAGGCAGAUGUGUACAGUUUUGGAGUGGUAGUCCUUGAAGCUGUGAGUGGCAGAACUCACACAGAGAAGACAAUGCAGGCAGAGAUGGUUUAUCUGCUGGAAUGGACUUGGCAUUUGUAUGAGAAGAAAAGGUUGCUCGAUUUGGUUGAUGUGAACCUCAAAAAAUCAAGCUAUUCCAAGGAAGAAGUUUUAAGGGUGAUCAAUGUGGGUCUGUUAUGCACCAACGGAACUCCUAUGGAAAGACCUUCAAUGUCCACAGUUGUUGAAAUGCUGGAAGGGAAAAUAGAAGCCCAUGUUUCACAUUCUAGACCGUCAUAUCAAGAGAACUGGCAGCCUAAUAUAUAUACAGAAGAGAAACCAUCGUCACGCAGAGAGAGCUUAAGCUUUGGAGGACCAUCCCAUGAUAGUUCCUCUGCCUAAGAAAGCUCUGGUAAUAAGAACCAAACUAAGGGAAGAUAACAGAAAGAAGUGUCGUAUAUUACAUAGUAUCUUCUGAUUUAUAUAAUCACUUCUACCUUUGAUAAAAAAGAUGGAUAAUAAUGCUAUGUUGAUGAUUGGAUCACUUCCUACAUACACAAUAUAUCUGUUAAGCAUUUCUUAGAACUUGUUAAGAAAUGUUUGGAAUGACAGACUACGAGGAAGUAGAGAUUUUUCUUGUAAAUGAAUUUACAACUCCUUUGAAGAGACUGUCUAAUGUUUCACUUUUUUUUUUAUUG